AUGGCCCUCUCCGAGAUCUGGCGCUGUCUCCCUGGCGAUCUGGCAGAGAAUAUCCUCUCCCAGCUCGUCGACACCUACUUCCACCGCGACCCGGCCAUCACCCUCUACGCCGGCGCCGCCCACAAAUUCGAAUAUGCCUUGAUGGGCGACGACGAGUCCGAGGCAGGGACAUCGGCCGACCCGGAACUUGAAUCCGGUCACAGUGACGCUGUGGCCGCUUUUGCCGUCCAGCUGCACAUCCACCACCCCCUCGUCAGGGUCAAACAGGAGUCCAAGCCCGGCAAGUUGACGCAGAAGUAUACGCGGGAAGCCCGGGCGUCGUACGAUCGGCGACACACAGGAAUAUCACGGUGCGGCUUGGGGAAGGCUAUCUCAGUUCUGGCCAAAGGAAAGAUCCGGUUUCGUUGGAAGGAUGCUGUGAAUGAGCUGCUCCGCGAGGAGAUGUACAUGCGCGAAGUGGGGGACGAGAUGCCCUUGACCUUGACCAUUCAAGUCGAGAUUUGGCGGUGCCAUAUCCAGUUCGCCCGCUGCGUCGCCGUCCUCCUACACCGCGCGGCCAAGUCUAAGGCAUCCCCCCGACUGAUAGACGUUCGGUUCUCAGCAUACUCUGCAAACCUGCACAAGCAGCAGCCGGAUCCCGAGAGCGUCGAGGUGGUCAAGAAUCAGGUGUGCUGUGCCCUCUGCUCGCGCAACCAAUAUCCGGACAUCUUUGAGAUUGUCCUCACCGGGAUCCUGGAGCUGUUUCGUGACGAGUACGCCUUGUCGUGCGAGCUUCAAAUGACAGAUCUAGAGGAGGGCUGGGGAGGACUAUGGGAGGAUAUACGGCGCUUCUGGAAUGCGACAAAACAAGCUCUCGUCAACCGGGCCGACGUGAUGCAGGGUCUCUCGUUGGGCCAUGGAAACAUCAAGUGGGCGCUCCCCCCUUAG